ACAUUGUCAAUCGUGAGCAGUUUUUGUUGUUACAUUUCGUUACAUAAAUUCAUAUAAAUUAAGUAUGUACAGAAAAGCUUUUACGUCUUAUAAGCGAAUUAAAUAAUUAGUCAAAUAAGAUGUCUUUAUUAUUUAAAGUUGUGAAUAGGCAAUACAUUAAUUUUCAAAAUAUAACCAAACCGGUUCAGUGUUGUGGUAGAAGCUUUUCACGAAGAAUAGUUAAAAGUAGCACUUAUUGUGGACAAAUUUCAAUCAAUCAAGCUAUAAAUAGCAGUAGAUUUAAGAUUUCGACGACCAUAACAAGGCCUUUUUCCGCCCAGACGAACAGUAAUAAUGAAAAACCUUCAGACGAGCCUACUAAGAAACCUGGUCUUGUACAGAAAUUUAAACAAAUGUACAAAGAUUAUUGGUAUGUUGUAUUACCUGUUCAUAUGACCACAUCGGCCAUAUGGUUUGGAAGCUUCUACUAUUGUGUUAGAAGUGGUGUCGAUGUUAUUAGUUUGCUUGAAUCACUGGGUAUAAGUGAAAAAUUAUUAACACCUAUUAAAGAAUCCACUGCAGGAUAUUUUGCAUUAGCAUUUGCAUUAUACAAGUUGGUUACACCACUGCGAUAUGCUGUGACAGUUGGGGGAACAACAUAUGCAAUAAAGAAACUUACAGCAAUUGGGUGGAUAAAACCCAUGCCAUCGAGGGAAAGGCUUAAAGAAAUGCUACAGGAACAAAGAGAUAAUAUUCAAGACAAAUUUACAGAAAGUAAACAACAUUAUCAGACUCAAAUUAAGGAAAAAAGCAAUCAAGUUAUGGAUGAGAUGAGAAGAUAUAAGGCAGAAAUGAGAAACGCCAAAAACAAAUCUAAAAAAUGAUGCAAGACAUAUUGAUGUGAAUCUAAUUUAUAUAUCAACAUUUUCAUGCAAAAAAAACCAGCACAUAUUUGUAAUAUAAUUUAUUGUUGUCAAUAA